AAAAAAAAAAAAAAAAAAAAGAGAGAAAAAAAGACAAAAGAGAGAAAACCAGUUUGGAGCGUUGGUUAAAGGCUUUUCUCCUUUCAAUUGAGAUCAACCUCAACAACACCAACUGUUCGAAUCCAACAAGCUACCCCUAAAUCCACGUCCAAUCUCACCGACCCAUCUCCUUUCUAUAGCAUUCUUCACCGAUCCACACUACCUAGGUGAUUCUGGCGAAGUGGACGUAAAUUUGCAUGCACUCCCGUGGAUAGCAUAGGAUACACACACAUAUACAUACAUACGUGAGGUGUGAGAGUUAAGGUUUGGUGAUCCAUGACGAUGAAGAGGCUGGCGAGAGUGAAGAGGGAUGCGAUUGCAGCAUGCAUGACUUGCCCGCUUUGCAACAAGUUCCUCAAGGAGGCCACUGCCAUUUCUCUUUGCCUUCAUACGUUUUGCAGGAAGUGCAUUUAUGAUAAAAUUACAGAUGAAGAAUUGGAAAAUUGUCCAGUAUGCAACAUUGAUUUGGGCAUUGUUCCGCUGGAGAAAAUGAGGCCAGAUAACAGUUUGCAAGAUUUAAGGAACAAAAUUUUCCCUUUCAAUAAAAGAAAGCAGAAGGCACCUGUAGCCAUCCCUUCAGUACUAUUACCAGCUAGAAGAAAGGAAAGAUCACUUUCAUCUUUGGUUGUCAGCACUCCAAGGGUAUCUACACAAUCAACCAUGACAGGAAGAAGAACAAAACCUACAAGAAAGGCACUAGGCCUGCAGGGCUCUGGUUUCUCUGUUGAAAAGCUCAUUAAAAAAGAAGAGGAAUUACUGGAAGAUCGCCAAGAUAGUUCAUGCUCACCUGACACUUCAAACAAGUCUGCAAAGAGUGCGGGACAGAGUUUGUCACCUUGUAAAAAUAGUCAAUCCAUAUGCAAUAGAGGACUGCAGAAUGGUGCUGAAACACAGGAAGCAAAAUGGGAUCUUUGGAAAACUUUGAAUUAUUUAGCAGAGGCUGCAAGUAGGAGUAAGUCUUUCAAGUCUAAUGUGCAAUCGUCUAAUGCUAAACCAGAAUCCGUGAAAGUAAAUGACAGCGAUAAUAAAGUGCUGAAAUCCAAACUUGAGGAAAAUAAGCGCAAGGCAAAAGUUGAAGAUGAAAAGAUUAGCACUGAUCAUGUCUCUCCAGAUACAGCAAAACCCAACAAACUGCGAAGAGUUCGCCCAAAAAAGGAACCUGUUUUUGGAGAAUCUAGAAUAUCCCCUCAGGCUGUUCUGGAUGCUAAUGACAGUAACCUUUUAUGGAAUGACUCAAUUUGGUUCUCCUUAGCAGCUUCUGAAAACCAGGAAGGAGAUGCACCUUUACCCCAAAUUCCUUCAAGUUAUGUAAGAAUAAAGGACGGAAGCAUACCUGUCUCAUUUAUCCAAAAGUUGUUAAUGAAGAAACUGGGCCUGAAAAGUGAGGACGAGGUAGAGAUCAAAUGCAUGGGACAUCCUGUGCUUCCUUCACUACAGGUACAGAAUUUAGUUGAAUUGUGGCUUGAUACGGCAUCUACAGGCCACAGAAUUCCUGCAACCAUAGGAUCCUCAGGGAAAGAUUUUGUGAUGAUCCUAACCUAUGGUCGGAAGGUCCAACAACCUUGAUCAUGAGUUGCCAAUAGCUACACUACUAUGUAGCAGGAUAAUAGGCUGAAUAAUUAUGAGGAAUCUCCUCUCCUUGUAGAAUGAUAAAUUUGGAGUAGCAGAGGAUGAUGUUGAGUUAGUUAUGGUAGUGAUUGAUUUUUAGAGAGCAUGCCUUUUCAUUUGCACACUGGCUGCCACAGAUGGUUUCUUGGAUAUUUGCUACAAAAUCACAUUAUAUCUUCCUGUUAAAGCAAAAAGCAGUUAUUUGUUUUA